GGAUUCUGGUAAGGCGCAGUAGCAGCUACGAAGCAUGUCGGACUGGGAGGAGGAGAGCGAUAGUAGCUCUAACCAGGCUGCAGCUCGGUACAACACCCCUUGGGUGCCUCCAUCUAAGCAGUAUUCGAGGGAGGAGCCGCGCACAAAAACGCAGUCAGAAUUCUGUGGGUGGCGUGAAGACAACGACGAUGGUGGUGGGAGAAGCCGGUCUGAGCAGGGAUCCUGGAGGGGUUUCUCACGGCCCCGAGGAUUAGGACCCCCUGGAGCAAGUACACGAGAGUUCAGGAGGAGGGAGGGCGCUCGGGAUCAGAGUUCCCCCCUGUGCUUCCAUCUAGACAGCUCGGCCAUUGGGCAAGUGAUAGGGCGUGGAGGAUCUAAAAUAAGGGAGCUUGAAGAACUGUCUGGCUGCAGGAUAAAGAUUGAGAAAUUGGAUUAUGAUUCAGAGGUUAAAAUCUACGGAAACAGUGAGCAGCAACAGAAAGCCAAAGAGUUAAUUGAUGAUAUUGUUGAACAAUCUGAGAGAGGUCCUGGUUUCAAGGGUUUUCGGUCUUCUGGUUCUGCAGAUAAGAGUGCUGAUGCGAGUUUUCAGGUGAAACCAUCCAUUAACUGGGCAUCUCUUCGUGAAAAUAAAUCAAAAUAUGAAGCCAUGAAGUGGGCAGAUAUGCCUCCAAUUGCAAAAGCCUUCUACAAAGAAUCACCAGAGGUUGCAUCAAUGUCUCGUGAUGAAGUUGAAAAGUGGAGAAAAGAAAACAACAAUAUUAUUUGUGAUGACUUAAAAGAAGAGAAAAGAUCUAUUCCAAAUCCCGUUCCUCGUUUUGAAGAUGCAUUUCACCCAUUCCCAGAAGUCAUGUCUGCAUUAGAAAAAUCUGGAUUUGAAAGACCCACACCAAUACAGUCACAGGCAUGGCCAGUUAUACUUCAGGGAAUUGAUCUCAUUGGAAUUGCCCAGACUGGCACUGGAAAAACAUUGGCAUAUUUACUUCCAGGAUUCAUUCAUUUGGAUUUACAACCAAUUCCCAGAGAGCAACAAGAUGGACCUGGAAUGUUGGUUCUUGCUCCAACUCGUGAAUUGGCUCUUCAAGUUAAGGCUGAAUGCUCAAAAUACAAAUAUAAAGGAUUUGAAAGCAUUUGCAUAUACGGUGGAGGAGAUCGUAAUAACCAAAUAAAUAAGGUUACAAAAGGUGUGGAUAUUGUCAUUGCUACUCCUGGUAGACUAAAUGAUUUGCAGAUGAAUAAUUUUGUAAAUCUAAAAAGCAUAACAUAUUUGGUUUUGGAUGAAGCAGACCGAAUGUUGGAUAUGGGAUUUGAACCGCAAAUUAUGAAGAUAUUAAUUGAUAUUCGACCUGAUAGACAUACUAUAAUGACAAGUGCCACAUGGCCAGAUGGAGUACGCCGCCUUGCUAAAUCAUAUUUAAAAGAUCCUAUGAUGGUUUAUGUUGGAACACUCGACUUGGCUGCUGUAAACACAGUAACACAGCACGUAUUGGUUAUACCAGAAGAGGAAAAAAGAGCAUUUGUAUUGCACUUCAUUGACUCUUUAAAACCUCAAGAUAAAGUCAUUGUAUUUGUUGGGAAGAAGUUGGUUGCAGAUGACUUAUCAAGUGACUUCAGCUUGCAAGGAAUUCCGGUUCAGUCUCUGCAUGGCAACAGAGAGCAAUGUGAUCGAGAGCAAGCACUAGAUGACUUCAAAAAGGGGAAAGUCCGAAUACUAGUAGCUACAGAUCUAGCAUCUCGAGGACUUGAUGUUCAUGAUGUUACGCAUGUUUUAAAUUUUGAUUUCCCUCGAAACAUAGAGGAGUAUGUUCACAGAGUUGGACGCACAGGAAGAGCAGGUCGCACAGGGGAAUCAAUAACUCUGGUAACCAGGAAAGACUGGAAGGUUGCAGGUGAAUUAAUCAGUAUCUUGGAGCGAGCUAAUCAAGAAGUUCCAGGGGAUCUUUUUGAUAUGGCUGAAAGAUACCAGCAAUUUAAGAUAAAGAAGGAUAGUGAAAGAGACCUUAUACCCCGCAAAGGACGCUGGAGAGAAAGCUUCUGAUUUCAGUUGUUGCAUCAUGACAUGACUGUUUGAAUGUUAAACCAAUACUUGCUAUCACCAGCCAUUCCUAUAUCAUUGGAGUAUUCUUGGGAAGAAGUUUUACGUUUUAUGUUAGCAAAUUUACUACAUGUAUAUUUGUUUCUUAUGUUCCAAAACAAUGCUAUUGCCAUUCAGCAUGAAUCCAUUUGAACAAUUCAUUUAGUUAUUUCUUUUUGGAUUUCAAACUGCAGUACAGAACAGAUAUCAACAGAUUUCACAAUUGCUCAGUGUAAACCAUAAUAACUUAGGUAGGGUCAAAUCUUUUUUGUCACACUUGUAAAUAUGUUUUGAAGCCUUUGGGGCUGUGGCACGCACCCUGUUUUAUUGCUGCUACUUGUGGCAAUGAUAACAUCUGCUACUGUUCCCAGACUGCUUUCCAUUUGACUUUGGGUUGGCUGGCGCUCUAUGCUAACUUUUGGAAACCAUCUGUUCUUAUUUAUGUGAAUAACAGUGGUGUUCUGAUUGCUGCCAUAAGUAGUAAGUAUAAGUGAUCAGAUUGCAGAGUUUGUCAUCAGUUUCGGUGCUUUCAAAAUAAUCCUAUAUAUUAAUGAGGUGUAGGAUGUGUCAUUGCCAUUUAACUGAUAAAACUUGCUGCAGUUGAUGGUGGUAAAAAUGCCAGAUGCAUUGUUUUUGAGUAUCAAAAACUUAGACAUGAAGAUUUAUUCUUAGUAAAGCCUUACAUAAAAAGUUGUUAGCCCCACUUGGUUUCACUUCAACGCACCGUUACAAUAGUGCUGAAGUUUCCAAGUGAAAUUGACUGCAGUUUAAUGUGGUAUCACUCAGCUCUUAUUUGCAAUAUUGUUUCUUUCUGUAAUUGACAUCCUGCUGUGAAGAGUAAUGUUACAGUGAUUUUAUCUGUAAGAGAGUCAGAAUUGUUCUUGAACGUUGCUUAUUAAAAGCUGUGUAUCAGAA